AUGAGGACAAAUGUUAGCAAAAUUUAUUGUCCUGAAGUUUCAUGUUUAUAUGCUUCUGGAUAUAUUCAAGUGUCCCGUUUUAAAAUAUUUGAAGGAAAAUUUUAUGGUUGUCCAAGUUAUUUACGAUAUAUUGGAGCUGUUUUAAAUAUCGAUAAAGAGAUAUUUGAUUCAUCAAUUCAAAACUGUGAGGAAGUUAAUUCAUGUAUAGAGGUAAAUUAUAAAUUACCAACUAUUCCCGAUGAAACUAUAAUUGAUAUGACAAUAUGUUGUAACAGUAGUAAUAAUCAAAAACUUUAUGACACUCCUCCAAUCUUAACUGAACCAUGUAAUUCAAACUUUUCAAUUAAAAUGUGUGAACAAUUUUUUUUACCAUUUAGUAAUAAAUUUAAAAAUAAUUCUAGUAAGGAUAAAAAAACUAAUAAUUUUAUUAUAUUACUUUUAAUUUUAAUAUUUCUUAAUAUUUAA